AUGCCGAGGCGGCGGGUGCUGGGGAUCGGUCCCCCGCCACGGGGCAGGUCGCGGCCGCGGCUAGGUCAUGAGGGGCCGCUGGCGGGGCGGGAAUCCCCGCGCGCGGGGAAACCCCCCGGCGCCCUGCAGCUGUUCACACUUCGAACUCCAUCGGAUGCUCUUGUUCGCCCCGUUUGCCCAGUUGAGGGCGGGCCUCCUGGCCCUAAUAUACACAAUACACGUCGCCCCCCCCCCGGGAAACCCGGGCCAGCUUUUCGCUGUCCUCGAAAAUCACUUCUCCUGAAUUCCUCGGGCAUUCGGAGGGCUCAUGGCGCGGGGUCGGAGGGGGCUCACUCACCACAGGACCUGAAGUUGCUCCUGAUGCUACACCUUCUAACAGACGUCAGACACAUCAGUCUUAGUGCCGACGACCUCGUACACCUUGGCCAAGAUGAAUGCCAUGAAAUACUACAGUUGGUGAGAGAUGUGCCGUACUUCAGGCUGGAAACUCUUAGUCUGGAGAGCAUAACGAUGGAGGAAGGCCUCUUAUCCAGCAUAAUGAGUCGAUCUCCUCGUCUCCACUCCAUUCAUGUGUCUGGAGAACUUGCAGUCAAGUCCUCACACACCUCGGGGGAGCCUUGUGCCUUGCGCUCUCUCCGCUUGGACUCCUGCAACGUCUCUGACGAGGAUGUCGUGAGCGCUCUAGUGGGAACAAAGACAGACUUCAACACCCUUGGCAACAUCAUCUGCAACGGUGGAGACGUGAAGGAGCUGGAACCUGCAGCGCUACAGUCUCUCCGUUACCUGUCGGUCGAGUCUCCACGUCUUUCUGCCUGCGGUGCCUUGAUAUUGUUGGUGUCUCUUCGCAAUCUCCGCCAAAUCCAGUACACCACCUGGAGUUCUCCCAUCGGCGAGACUCUGCUCUUCCUCAAUCAGAUCAACCCAACCAUUGGAUCUUUUUCCCUCACCUCUUUGGCAAAGUGGCAGCCCACUCAACAAAGUCUACAAACCUUACACAAGCUUUGUCCACGAUUGCAAAAACUCAUGAUUGAGUGCUUCGACCCAUCACUCACGUCUCUCGAUGUUCUAUCGGAAUUUAAAGAACUAACAGCCUUGAACCUUCGACUUGUCUCCGAAGAACUCAUCGUGUCUGCCGUCAAGGCUCUCGGCAAGAACCUGCUGGAACUGGAACUGGAGUUUGAGGAAUACACCUACCACACUAUCUCUCUGGAUACUAUCAAGGCCAUCCAGGAACACUGUCCACACCUGCAGCGUCUGCAGAUGAAACACGUCAACAUAUCUUCUAAUCCUGGGGAUCAUCUGCUCUCCAAGAACACCACCGCCUUCCCAGAACUCAAAGAACUCAUCCUGUCCAGCGCGGUGAUCCAGCCAGCCUCCCUGGAAAGACUUUUGUCAGGCAACCAGUCACUGGAAUCACUUGUUCUAGACGUCAACCAAGAUGCUCUUACUGACACGGUCCUUAGCACAUUCCUGAAGAACAACAGUCUUCAUCGGCUGAGUUCCAUCUUCCUGGGUGCUGGAUCGCUGUCAGCUCAGGCCCUCACAUCCCUCUUGUGUUUGCCCGACCUGCAGAAACUGUCGCUGGAUCUCAAGAGGUUCCCGUUCAUCCCGGUCUUUGCUUUCACCUCGCUGGAAGGCAGCCUGCGCAAGGGCAACUUCCAGUGCGUUCUUACCAAUGUUGUCAGAGAUGACUGAAUUCUGUUUCCCUAGAUCUAGGGUAAAUAUAUUUUUGAAAUAAAUUAUAUUUGAUUAGAACAUGUAAAUAUGUACAUUAGAAAUA